CAUCGACUAAAAAAAAGUAAAAUCAUACCAGACAUACACUUCUAUUCUAUCUCAUUGGCUAAACCAACCGGCCUUUAAAUAACCGCUUCCACCCCCCAACACCUGUAACCGUCCACCUGACCACCCUAUUAAAAUUACCAAACCACCCUUUUAUAAAUGCAAUUAUCACUAAUCCAACCAUGUCUCACUCUAACUUUUACUUCCGCCAUUUCACCACCUACUAAUAAUACUCCACACUUCAUUUUUCCACCAUUUUCUUUCUCAAACCCCAAAGAAUCUGGAAAAAGUAGAGAGAGAAAGUGCACGAACAGUAGAAGUAAUUUCGGAACUGCGAUGCCUUCAACUUGUUCGACCUCCAUCGAAGCAGCCUCUGGUGGUGGCAAUCUUCGAAGUUUAAAGCAUACUGAAGCUUCUUUUCUUGCUUCUCUCAUGCCGAAGAGAGAAAUUGGUGCUGAUAGGUUCCUUGAUUCUUAUCCUGAAUAUGAUGGUCGCGGUGUCGUUAUCGCUAUUUUCGAUUCGGGUGUGGAUCCUGCUGCUUCUGGUUUACAAGUAACAUCAGAUGGCAAACCAAAAGUUUUGGAUGUCCUUGACUGUACUGGUAGUGGGGAUGUUGACACAUCUACUGUCGUAAAGGCUGAUGCUGAUGGGUGUAUUGUUGGAGCUUCAGGAGCUCCAUUGGUUGUAAACCAUUCGUGGAAGAAUCCUUCGGGGGAGUGGCACGUGGGUUGUAAAUUGGUUUAUGAGCUAUUUACUAAAGAUCUGACUUCUCGGUUGAAGAAAGAGAGAAGAAAAAAAUGGGAUGAAAAGAAUCAGGAAGCAAUAGCUGAUGCUGUAAAGAAGCUCUCAGAGUUUGACCAGAAACAUACGAAGGUGGAAGAUGUACACCUGAAAAGAUUGCGUGAGGACCUCCAGAGUAGGAUAGACUUUCUACAAAAGCAAGCCAAUAGCUAUGAGGAUAAAGGACCUGUUAUUGACGCUGUUGUAUGGCAUGAUGGGGAAUUUUGGAGGGUUGCUCUGGACACUCAAAGUCUUGAGGAUAAAUCAGGCAAAGGGAAGCUUGCAGAUUUUGUUCCCCUAACAAAUUAUAGGAUUGAAAGGAAGUUUGGUAUUUUCAGCAAACUAGAUGCUUGUUCAUUUGUGACUAACGUUUAUGAAGAGGGGAAUGUCUUGAGCAUUGUAACUGAUUGUUCUCCCCAUGGAACUCAUGUUGCCGGAAUUGCCACAGCUUACCACCCCGAGGAGCCCUUGUUGAAUGGUGUCGCACCUGGAGCACAGAUCAUUUCCUGUAAGAUUGGUGACACACGCUUAGGUUCAAUGGAGACAGGGACAGGAUUGACCCGAGCUCUGAUUGCAGCUGUGGAGCACAAAUGUGAUCUUAUUAACAUGAGUUAUGGUGAACCAUCUUUACUCCCAGAUUAUGGACGCUUUGUUGACCUAGUUAAUGAGGCUGUUAAUAAGCAUCACAUAGUAUUCGUUAGUAGCGCUGGAAAUGAGGGGCCGGCUUUGAGCACUGUGGGAGCACCGGGGGGCACUACGUCGAGCAUCAUUGGAAUUGGUGCUUAUGUUUCUCCUGCAAUGGCAUCUGGAGCACAUUGUGUUGUUGAACCUCCGAGUGAAGGGCUGGAAUACACAUGGUCUAGUCGAGGGCCCACUGCAGAUGGGGACAUUGGUGUGUCUGUAAGUGCUCCUGGUGGGGCUGUAGCUCCCGUCCCAACAUGGACCCUUCAAUGCCGAAUGCUCAUGAAUGGGACCUCAAUGUCUUCUCCAUGUGCUUGUGGUGGAGUUGCUUUACUUAUUAGCGCAAUGAAGGCUGAGGGUGUCCACGUUAGUCCCUAUAGUGUGCGGAAGGCUAUUGAAAAUACAUGUGCUCCUAUAAGUAGUUCUCCGGAGGACAGACUGACCACAGGGAUGGGGCUUAUGCAAGUUGACAAGGCAUUUGAAUAUAUUAGUCAAUCACGUGACCUUCCAUCUAUAUGGUAUGAAGUCAAAGUCAACUUUUCGGGGAAGUCAAAACCUACUUUUCGAGGUAUAUACUUGAGAGAGGCUAGUGCUUGCCAACAAGCUUCUGAGUGGACAGUCCAAGUUGCUCCCAAAUUCCACGAGGAUGCAAGUACAUUAGAUGAUUUAGUUCCCUUUGAAGAGUGUAUUGAAUUGCAUUCCAGCGACACAUCAGUUGUCAGGGCUCCUGAGUAUCUCCUCCUCACUAAUAAUGGUCGUAGCUUCAAUGUUAUUGUUGAUCCUUCACAACUUGAGGAUGGGGUACAUUAUUUUGAAGUUUAUGGAAUUGAUAGCAAAGCACCUUGGCGUGGCCCUCUUUUCCGAAUUCCUGUGACUAUCACAAAGCCCAUGAUUCUUAUAAAUUCUCCUCCAGUGAUUUCUUUUGCAGGCAUGCAAUUUUGUCCAGGUCAUAUUGAACGAAAAUAUAUUGUUGUACCUCUUGGCGCUACAUGGGUUGAGGCAACCAUGCGAACAUCGGGAUUUGAUACAUCUCGUAGAUUUUUUGUUGACACUGUACAGCUUUCUCCCUUGAAAAGGUACUUGAAAUCCGAGAAUGUGGUCACAUUCUCUUCUCCAUCAGCUCAAACUUUUUCCUUUGCUGUUGAGGGUGGGAGGACAAUUGAAUUAGCUGUUGCUCAGUUUUGGUCAAGUGGAGUAGGAAGUCAAGAAACCACAAUGGUGGACUUUGAGAUUGAAUUUCAUGGUUUCAAGAUAAAAAAUGAGGAAAUAAAUCUCGGAGGGUGUGAUGCUCCCAAAAGAAUAGAUGUUGGAUGCUUGCUAUCAUCCGAGAAACUUGCCCCUUCAGCUACUCUGAAUAAGAUCAGAAUUCCAUUACGACCAGUUGCAACGAAACUUCGAACUCUCCCUUCAAAUCGUGACAGACUGCCAUCAGGAAAGCAGAUUUUAUCUCUAACAUUAACUUACAAGUUUAAACUCGAGGAAGCAGCUGAGAUAAAACCGGACAUCCCUUUACUUAACAACCGUGUGUACGAUACAAAAUUUGAGUCUCAAUUAUAUAUGAUAUCUGAUGCAAACAAGCGUAUUUAUGCCUUGGGUGACGUCUAUCCAAAAGCUGCAAAAGUGCCAAAGGGUGACUGGACCUUGCAAUUGUACUUGAGGCAUGACAAUGUACAACUAUUGGAAAAAAUGAAGACUCUGGUUAUAUUUAUUGAGAAGACUUUGGAGAACAAGGAAGUGAUUCAGUUGAGCUUUUAUUCUCAACCUGAUGGUCAUGUGGUCGGAAACAGUAACUUUCAGUCAUCAAUCUUGGUUCCAGGAUCAGAAGAAGUUUUCUAUGUUGGUCCUCCAGCCAAGGACAAACUUCCAAAGAAUUGUCCUGAGGGAGCAUUGCUUGUUGGAGCAAUGUCAUAUGGAAGACUAUCCUUUUCUGCAGAGAAAGGUGGAGGUGAUCCUGAACACAAUCCCGUUUCUUAUGAGAUAUCUUACAUGGUCCCUCCCAACCAGCCAAAUGAAGAUAAAGGAAAAGAUGCUUCUGUGUCGAGUGAAAAAACUGUAUCUGAGCGGUUAGAGGAAGAGGUUAGAGAUGCAAAGAUAAAAGUUUUAACAAGCCUCAAGCACAAUAGUGAUGCAGAGCGCUCGGAAUGGAAAAAGUUAUCACUCUCUUUGAAGUCGGAAUAUCCAAAUUACACUCCACUACUUGCUAAGAUCCUAGAGGGUGUGCUUUCUGAAGAUAAUGUUGAAGACAAAUGUUUCCAUUUGCAAGAGGUUAUUGAUGCAGCUGAAGAGGUGAUUAAAAGCAUUGACAGAGAUGAGCUGGCAAAAUAUCUUUCUCAGAAAAGUGUUCCUGAAGAUGACGAAGAAGAGAAAACCAAGAAGGAAAUGGAGACAAGAAGAGACCAGUUAGCAGAUGCGCUUUACCAAAAAGGAUUAGCAUUGUCUGAAAUGGAAUCACUAAAGGCGGGUGAUCAGGUUGAAACAAUCUCAGAUGCUGAGCAAGAUUUAUUUGAAUCAACAUACAAGGAGUUAAGGAAAUGGGUGGAUGUGAAGUCAUCCAGAUAUGGAAUUAUUUCUGUAAUUCGAGAAAGACGUUCCAGAAGGCUCGGAUUAGCCCUGAAGGUAUUGAAUGACAUCAUCCAAGAUGACGGGCUGCCUCCCAAGAAGAAGUUGUAUGAUCUGAAGCUCUCCUUGAUUGAAGAGAUAGGAUGGGAACACAUGGCUUCAUAUGAGCGACAGUGGAUGCAUGUCCGCUUCCCACCAAGUUUGCCUCUCUUUUAAGGUUUAUAGGGCAGUCGACAAUAUGUUGCUGCUGUAUUAUCAACAAUUACAAUACCAAUGAACACAAUGGUCCGGACUUCGGAGUGAUUGCAGAUGUAGGCUUGUGAGGUAGGAUUUCACUUCGCCAUUUCUGUGUUAUAAUCGGAGAUCUGCAUGCUGGGGUUGGGGGUUUUUGGGGGCCUUGGGGCUUUCAUGAUGAACUUGAUUGUCAUCCAUUAAAUUAAACGUGCAAGACAAUAGCAUCCCCCCUUCAUUAAUUCAUUGUGAUCUUCUCUUCCCCUGGAUUUGACCCAUCAAAAUGGACCAACAAGUUAAGGUUAUGUUAUAUUCGUAAUUGUUAUUACUGUUUUUUGGAAAUUGGAAUAAAUACCAAGUCAAAGUUUUGUUAAAAUAUUUUUUUAAGUUUAUUUAUGACAUAUUGAUUCAAAUUUUAUGAAGUGACAAAAAUAGCAAGUUUUAAGUGAAAUAAUUGAAUUGUAAUUCCAGCUUCUACUAAUUUGAAAAAGGGGUGGGUUGAUUGAAUCUCGGUUGAAUCUUGGUUAGAAUGGAUUUUAUUAUAUUUUUAAGACGGGAAAAAAUAAUGUGUACUUUGGAGUUUGGAUAGCCAUGGCAUUACCAUGCAAAGGAAAUUUUAGUGAACUUGGUCUGCAUUUAGACGUUGUCUAAGGUCUAUGAAACCUUUAUGCUGCUUGAAUAAUAAUUCUCUACAUACUUGUGGUUCUCAACAUUAAACUACACUUGUGUUUUUAUGCGAAUGUCAUAAGGAGUCUCGUCUACACUCAAGCUGCGUGAAUUUGCUGUGAUCGAAUAGGUUCAAGUGAGCUUAACUUGAGUCGAGCAAUGCAGAGUUUUCUUCAAAAAUCUUGUGAACAUUGUGAUAGUAGUAGGCCCGAAAUAGAUUAGGUUAGGUUCGAGUUCGGAUCAUAUAUAGAGAGGUUAGAAACUCAUUUAGUCUAUUGGUUGAAAAUCACAAUCUUGACAGAUCAAGUCGGCUAGAUUUUCAUCCAUUUAAUGUUUAUAGUUUUGUGUUUUCAUUUUCACAAAUUCUUAUGUGAGAUGGUCUUAUCAUGAGGAGUUCUUCAAACAUGUGUUGAAUAGCCAAAUGAA